UGCUGCUGCUUUUGCUAUUGCUGCUGCUGCUGCUAUUGCCAUCUUUUCAUCUUCAAUCUUCCUUCUCUCACUACUGCGCCUACUACUACUACUACUACUACAACCAACCUCAAUCCUUCUUUCACUUCCACUACUGCUACAAUUACCGCCACUACCAUCUUUUCAGGUUGGGACCUUGCUUCCCUCCUACUCUCCCUCCCUUCAUCCCUUCUCCCUCUCCGUCUCCCUCCCCAGUCAGUCACACAAGUGUUAGACCGGUACACUCCGCCACACCGCAAGUACAGCCGCUACAUCCAGACCUUCCUCAGAUUAUCAUGCUUGUUUCACGGAGGUUAUGGGGAGACAAGAAGUUAAGAGUGGCUUGAUUGUUAACUCCCGUUGUUGAUAAGUAGUGUGUUUCGCGGCUUUUUCUCGCGCCUCACCACGCGUGCAGAGUUGAGCGCUGCUUUUAAGAAACGUGGUUGCAGUGUACGAACUACGGCACGAAACAAUAGUGAUGCAUGAAGGACUGUGAUGUGUGUAUUUCAUGUCUUAAUGCACCACAGCCUUCGGGAAAUGUGCAUUGCUGUCCUACAUUGUUCACCAUAGUUCCUGCAUCGUAAGGGUGUUUGUGGCGCCUGUACUAAGUUUGCUACAGCUCAGCUAUCUUCAGGAAAAGUGUGUUAAUGUGCUGCAGUUUUCACUCUGACCCCUGCUUCCUGCACAACGCUGCAUCGCACUUGUAAACGACGCUCUAAUAUCUUUAGUAGCUGUAUCAAAUCUGCUACAAGUCAGUCAGGCUGCUGGAAGAGUGCUUGUCUGCACGGUUCACGUAAGUCUGCUUGCCGCACAACGAUACAGCCUUCGCAACAGAGCGGGUGUAAAUCACCUAGUGUAGCUGCCACAUCAGGCCGGCUUGAAUACCGCAACGCCUCCUAUCAGGCUCAGCACUCACAGCACAACACUCCCCAGCUGGCUAGUAUAACACUACACAGCGCAGCGCGUGUAGGACUGAUCUGGUAAUCAUAUUGUUUUCAUCUGAUCGGCGUCGCUUGAUCAGUUGUUGGGGGGGAGUGAUGAGGCAGCCGCCCACAUGAUCACACACACCGCUUGUACGUGGAUGGGCCUUCUGAUCGACACCCUGAGCCUCCCUCGUGGAUUAGCAGCUAGAUAAAGGAGGAACAAGCAUUACAUCCUCAGCAGCGUUCAAGAAGGCGUCUCAUCACCUCUGUUACGUAUCUCCCACCUCCCGCCAAAAUGUAUCGCUCAAGUGUGACUCUCGCCUCCUCGGGCUACCUCAAAGAGUUCAGACGGAAGAUAAGUAGAGGGGAUGCCAAACAGGAGAUGACGCCACUAGCAUCCCACGAGGAAGUACCUGGAACCACUCCAGAUUAUGGUGGCACUGCAGAAACGCCUAGCUCUGGGGAUGCGGGUGCUGAUGCCAACGCCUCCUGUGAUCCCGAGGCGCAGAAGGACAACCAAGGGGAUGCAGAGGCAGCGGAUACUACAGAUGCAAGGUUUAAGGGAAGGAGUAGACCGCUUCGCCCGACACUCAAGAUCUUAGCCAGCACGCAAAGCCCCACCCUCGGCUCUCCGGAUUCUGAUACCGAUGUAUUGGAUUUCCUUGACUACACGCCAGAGGCCCUCAGUGAUGCUUGCGAUGGUCGAGGUUCCAAUGCCUACUCCACAGUGUACCAGACCAGCAAGUACACAGAGCUUAUGCCUGGCGCUUUUAUACCAAGGCUUCCCAUCCGCCUCAGGAUUGCCAGAGUGCAACCAGUCCACUCUCACAUCCAUAUCUUCAACAACCAUGUCCUUGUCAUUGAGCUGGAGCAUGGAGAUCACAGGUGGAGCGUGGAGAGGAAAGUGCGACAGGUGGCAACUCUUCAUAGUAAAUUGCUGCUCCUCAGGACAAGACUGAGGAUGCCAGCAGCAACCCGAGUCACUCGGCAGAGAAGACAAAGCAUGAGACAGCAGAUCAAGGUAGCAGACCAGGAAGUAGAGGACACAGUGGACACUAGCAUCACCACCGACACCAGUACAACCAAAGCAGCACCACCAACCACCACCAACUCAGCAGCACCACCACAAAACAAACGUCUGCUCAAAUUCCCUCGCCGUGCCCUUCAGACCAUGGAUGAGGCAAUGCGAGUGGAACUGGAAACCUACCUCAGGAACCUCCUCCACCACUCUCUCUUCCGUAGCCAUCGAGAUGUCUUGGAGUUCUUCGAGAUCUCUCCAGUGUCCUUCAUAGGGGAGCUGGGAAUGAAGAUCAAGGAAGGUUACGUGAAGAAGAGAGUGGGUGGAAGUGGCCCCUGUGAAUGCUGCAGCUGGCUAACUGCAACUUGCACUGGGAAAUACAGGCAGCAGUGGUUGGUGCUGAAAGAGACUUGCCUCUUCUUCAUGGUACCAGAGACUGGACUAGUGCGCUCAGUGAUGCUCAUGGACUCUGCCUUCCAGGUCUCCCACAGCUACAGGCUCAUUGGUGCCCGGAACAGCCUCCUUAUCUCUAACCUCUCCCGGUCUCUCCUCAUAAAGUGUGACUCCGAGUCGAGCAAGAAGGAGUGGCUGUCUAUCAUUACCAAAACAGAACGGAAGUAUGCCAAGGACUUCACCAGUCAGGACAACCGAUAUGGAUCCUUUGCUCCUGUCCGCAAAAACUCCUAUGCUCGAUGGUAUGUGGAUGGUGCACGGUACAUGUGGGAUGUGGCUGAGCUGAUGGAGAGUGCACGGGAGGAAAUCUUCAUUACGGAUUGGUGGAUGAGUCCACAGAUCUACUUGAAGCGACCUGACCUCACGGGACACAAGUGGAGAUUGGCAGAGGUGCUGAGACGGAAGGCUGAGAGUGGCGUGCGGGUCUUCAUCCUGCUGUACAAGGAAGUAGAGCUGGCCCUUGGCAUCAGCUCCCUUCUCACCAAGCAGACAGUCAACCAGCUGCAUCCAAAUAUCAAGGUGUUGCGUCACCCAGACCACAUAGCAGGAGGAACACUGUACUGGGCCCAUCAUGAGAAGGUAGUGGUGGUGGACCAGAUGUUUGCCUUCGUCUCUGGCAUAGACCUUGCCUUUGGCCGCUGGGAUGACUACAGACACAAACUGCUAGACACAGGCCAUGCAGGGGUACAAGUGAUGCACCCAGCACACCGACAAUCCCAGCACAGUCCUGGUCAGACAGGGUUGAACCGAGGAGCACUGCAGCACCUCCUUCGGGGAACCAAUGAUGUCCUGGUCAGCACUGUCACCGGCUCAGCCGCAGGCAGUCGACGGGCUUCCCUUGGUACGACAGAGGACUCCAGUGCUGCCCCAAGCAGCCUUAAGAAUGUCAGUCCUUCUCCUAGUAACUCAGAGGAUCCUGUUAGCACCUCAGAGGCUCCUAGUGGUCCUGUUGUUACCUCAGAGGAUCCCCAAGGUACUCUCAGAACCUUGAGGAGUGUCCGUGACUCCCUUCGUUUGGCCUCAGCUAACCCUAUAGAGGUUCCCACUGGCCCUCUCGCUAGUCCAGAGGACUUUAAUGCAGAUGUUGAGUCUCAGGAUGAGUUGGAUGAGGCGCAGCAGGUGCCAACCAUCACCAAUGGCAGGAAGGCAAAAGGGAACAGGUCAAGAGGAAAAACUGACCUGAACAGUAUCCACUCAAGCACAAACCUUCAGAAUGGCAGUGCCCCUCACCCCUCACAGGAAGACAAGGACACCAACCCUAACUCCCUCCCACCCGUCAAGAGAACCAGGUUUUUCUCCAAGAGUGGAAGGGAUCGUGCCAACACAGGCUCGAGCACAGAGGAGGAGAGGAAGGGAGGAGGAGGAGGAGGAGGGAAGAGCUUCAGGGAGGUGAAGAGGAGAGGCAUGGACCUGGUGGAGGAGAUGAAGGUGAAGGGACGGGAGAUGAAGAGAAAGUUGCACAGCUUUUCACGGUUCCAUGGGCGUCGGCUGUGGGGGGGUGCUAAGGAACGUAUGGGCAGCUGUUCCUCCCUGGCUCAGGCCCACAGUGUUGUCACCAUGGAGGAUACCACCUCCACUCACCUCUGGGUUGGCAAGGAUUAUGUCAACUGGAUCAGCAAAGACUUAGAUAACCUAGAUGAGCCGUUUAAAGACAUUGUGGACCGGCACCAGACGCCUCGGAUGCCCUGGCAUGACAUUGGGCUCUUUGUUGAGGGAGCAGCAGCACGGGAUGUGGCCAGACACUUCAUACAGCGCUGGAAUGCUGUCAAGACUGAGAAGGCCAAGCCCAACCACAGCUACCCAUACUUGCUGCCUCGCACCUACAGCAAGGAGUCCUUCCUCUCCUCCAACCUUCGCCCUCGUCACCGUGUCAAGUGCCAGGUGGUGCGGAGUGUGGGGAAGUGGAGUGCUGGGGUGGAUGACAUAGAGGCCAGCAUCUUCUCAGCUUACGUGGACCUAAUCCGCCGGGCCAAGCACUACAUCUACAUUGAAAACCAAUUCUUCAUCACACGAAGCAACGUGGACGAACAGAAGGAAGUGUCAAACUACAUUGGCUAUGAGAUUGUGCAGCGGAUUGUGGAGGCUCAUAGAAAAGGGGAAGCAUUCCGAGUGUACAUCCUGUUGCCGCUGCUGCCGGCCUUUGAGGGCAUGAUUGGCAAAGCCAGUGGUGUGGCCAUGCAGUACAUUGUUUACUGGAAUUAUGUCAGCAUUUGCAAGGGCAAGUCAAGCGUCCUGCAUUGCCUGAAAGAGCACGGGAUAACUGACUGGGAGCGUUACGUCUCCUUCUGUUCCCUGCGCACCCACGAGUGUCUAGGGGAACGGCCCGUCUCUGAGCUGGUCUACAUUCACUCCAAGCUGAUGAUUGUUGACGACCGCUACGUCAUCGCGGGCUCAGCUAACAUCAAUGACCGCAGUCUCAAUGGUACUCGUGACUCUGAGGUCUGCAUGGUGAUUGAGGACCAGGAGUUUGAGGAAGGAGUGAUGAAUGGGAAGCCCUACGAUUCAGGGAUUUUUGCUGGCAGCAUGCGUCGCUACCUCUUCAGUGAACACCUGGGAGAGGCAGACCUAGAGAACCCCACCAUGGAUGUGUCUGACCCAGUGUCUGAUGCAUUCUUCACCAAUGUGUGGAACUUUGUAGCCAAUAAGAACACAUUGAUAUAUGAAGAGGUAUUUUCGUGUUACCCCUGCAACAGUGCCACAACCUUCAACGAUCUGGAACAACUGCGCACGACACCCACGCUGGCUGAGGUGAACCCGGCCGAUGCCAAGGUCAAGCUGAAGGAAGUACAGGGUCACCUGGUGCUGUUCCCACUUGACUUCCUGAAAGAUGAGAUGCUCAAGCCAGGUGUGGGCAACAAGGAAUACCUCUUGCCCAUGGAGACCUGGACCUAAGGGAACUAGUGUUGUCUCUGGAAGCUUGGGAAGUACUCUCUCCAUUACUGAAAGCAAGACCUCGUUUCCAUCAGGUCCUUUAUCAUCAGCAAGCUGUCCCUUCCUCACUUUUGCCUGUCCUAAUGCUCUCUUGACAAGGGUAUUGUUGCUCUGAUUUGCUAAUGUAGCUUUCUUGUUUCAUGUCAGUUGAGUUGGGUGACUGUUUCUUAAGAUGUAUUGAUUGUGAUGUCAUUCAGCUCAAAGCCAGUAAUCCCAGAUAUAUGAACCACAUAUUUCCCAUAUACUUACUUUUUGUGGUACAGUGCCUGGCUGUUGCUGAUAGAGGGAGGAUGGAUAUGUGAAGUUUGAGUCUAAGAUACCUUGUGUUUGGUAGGAACUCACAGUGUUGUUAUAGUUCACCAUUCAGGUACCAUUCUAAUGUGAGCUUCAGAGAUAUUCAGUAGUAAUGAUGCUGAGGUGAAGAGAAGAGGAGUAUGAAGGAGUGAUGUGAUAUGAGUUGCAGCGAGUGAUGGUAGGAAGUGAAUUCUUUGAUGUCAGGUGUAUCAGUACAGGGGAGGGAAGGAUGGGCUGUGUUUAUGAGUGGUGUAAGGCCUACCUCCUGUGUGAGCAUAUAUAAAGUGCAGGCAGCCUGAAUGCUAGCCUGAUUAUGAAACGUGUGUGUGUGUGUGUGUGUGUGUGUGUGUGUGUGUGUGUGUGUGUGUGUGUGUGUGUGUGUGUGUGUGUGUGUGUGUGUGUGUGUGUGUGCACAGAUUACCCAGCUGAAGUCCCUAAGUUGUGAGGUGCUGUCAUGUUGUCAGAGGGUCAAGACAUAAUAAUGAGUGUCAUGCCAUGAUCACAUCUCAUGUUGCUUCACACAUCUUGCCACCAGCAGGGAAAAGUCAUGCUGGUGUUUUAAUGACUUGUAUAUAGGUGUUUUUAGUGUUUUUUUUAUGGUAUAUUAAAUAACUUGGUGAUUUUAAACUCCACAUUGUCAUUGUUAAGGAAAUCUGUUAUAUGCAUAAUAUAGUUGUGUGAUGAUAUUUGACAUGCAACAAAAUGAAUUACAGCCUUUGAUCUCUGCUGGUAAUGAUACAUAUAUAUUGUUACAUUCAACUCUGCAGUGCUGCUGUAUUCAUAUAAGACCCCAAAGUACAACAUUUGAUUUCUGUUCUUAAAUAAUAGAUUACUAAUUGCAGCUACUGUAAAUAAUUAAUUAAAAUGCUCAGUCCAGAUAAUUUGCUUUAAUAAAUCAGUCAUGUAGUUAAUGGUAAUGACAUAUAAGAGAUAUGAAUUCUAGUAUCUCUGUGUGGGAAUCUUUUGAUGGAGAGUCAGUGAAGUUACUAGAUGAGCUGUAAGAGUAGAGGGAUAGAUUGUUCACCUGGCCAUUGGGGCCUUCACCUGUGAGUAACAUUGAGGAGAGAAGUGAGAGAAGUGUUGUGUGGAAUACCAUUAAUGUUAGAUGGUGGUGGGUGGGAGCUUGUUGGGCAUUGAUGAGUAUAGCAUUUAUGUAAGGAUGCUGCUCUCUGGCUGUGAAAAGUGUGUGUGUGUGUGUGUGUGUGUGUGUGUGUGUGUGUGUGUGUUUUGUAGUGUGGAAUGAUUUUAAAUUAUGUAUGCUUGGAAAGUUGUUUUUCUGGUUGUGUAUGUCUAGGCAUGUUAACAUUCACUGGUAGCUAUUGUAUUUGUAAGGUGUCUCAGUGGAACACAUACAGAUUGAGGUAAUGAUCUGGUUUAAAUCAGUUUAAGAUGCAUAAGUCAUGUUACAGUAAUGCAUACAUUUGUGCAAGAAACAGAAUAACCAUCCAUGUUGUAAAUUUCCACAUAUUUAAUUCAAAUAGCAGUAUAAAAGUUUGAAUUAAAACCAAUCCAAACCAAUAAUUUACCUACUGCUGCAGUGCUUCAUACUUAAAAUUUUUCUGCAUAUCUUUAAAAAAUAAUUUAAUUUGCAAUCUCAAGUGUUUUCUUAUUCAACAGGCAAGUCUUCCCAUCCCUUCAUAUGUGUUACUAACCAGUGCCUUCAUCUCAUGUGCCUUGAGAUGGUGUAUCUAUGUAAAAAAAAUAGUUCUCUACAGGACAGGAGGCCACAUCUGCCUUUUAUGUUAGAUUUGCACCUUAGCCAAACAUUAUCCUGCCUUUUAUCUGUCAAGGACAAAGGGCAAAAGGUAACCAUGCAUGUAUACUGAUAUCAAAUUCACUUUGUAUGUACCAUCUAAAAUAUUUUCCAAGGUAUUUGGACACCCUGUUAUUGUUAUUAUUGUCUUAUAUCUUAUUUUUGUGUUCCAUGUGGGCAACAUUAUCUUGUGAGGAGGAGGGGUGGCUACCAGUGCCCUUCCAGUCUCUCAUCACAGUUUUUAAAGGGGGAAACAAUUAGUCUUGGGUCCAAUCAUCAGGUAAUACAACGCUUACCUCAAACUAAUUUCAAAGGAGAGUUUUCAUAUAAGUUAACACUCUUGGCCCUGUCUUGAUGAGCAUCAUUUUAUCACCCUUUAUCAUCCUUGGGUUGUUAUUGUUAUGUUAUUGUUGUUCAUUUGAUAUAUAAAGAACUUUUAAGAUGCACAUGGGAACUUUGCAUAGGAGUGUGUGUGUGUGAUAGGUGGUUGUGCUUAUAAUGUAGGUACGUUGCUGCCCAUAUUGUUAUGCUCUGUAUAAAACAUUUAGCUUUACUUUAUUUCUGAUGAUUUAUCAGAGCAGUUAUGUGAAUCUAAAGUUGUUGGAUUUUAAUGGAUUUUAUAUAUAUAUAUAUAUAUAUAUAUAUAUAUAUAUAUAUAUAUAUAUAUAUAUAUAUAUAUAUAUAUAUAUAUAUAUAUAUAUAUAUAUAUAUAUUGAAUUUUAUUUAGUGUUGUUAUCAUGCUGUGAAUUAAAAGAAUGUAUAUUCAUUCACAAAGUCAGUACACUUCCAAACCUUAUGUAAGUCAGGGGGAGCAGUCUUGAUAGAUUCUGUAUGUUGUACAAAAGUUAAGUAUAACUUGUUCCUGUGAAAUCAGUAUCUAAUUGAUUCCAGGCAUCCUGGAUGUCCAUGACUGAGCUCUAACCUGACCUGCUGAUUUGACUGGUUAAAUGACUAGCUUGGGAGAGACAAUUCAGUAAAAGCUCUGUAAGCAUAUUUUUGUGGCCAUAUUUUAUAGUGCAAGUAAAUAAAAUAUUUUAUUUUAUAUGAAAAUGCAUAUUAUCUUGGCAGGUUACCAGAUGGAAAUAAAUAACCAGAGGGUGGUAAA